AUGUCCCUCCCCCAACGUCCUGCCAACGCUCCAUCCCGCCACGAAGAACCCCAACCUGGGUUUCGGGAGUCCUCGAGACGGCGUCGCCGUGAUAUCGAAUCAGGCGGAUAUACAGACCUGCCUUCGUCGCCCUAUUCUCCCCGAAGACACAGUCACCAGACCUCAUCUUCCUCCGUUGGCGCGGCUGGCACGCGAGAUGUUGAGCAAGGGGAUCCAACAUCCCCGGGUCGAAAGCGACAUUUGGUCCGUCCGGAGAGAAAUCGAAUCGAUCGAGAUCACCCCAACUAUCUAUAUCGACAACAUGCCCAGAACAUGCCGACCUAUCCAUCGACGACCGGGAACGAUCCCGUUGUCGAGGGCCACGGCGAGCCCGAGACAGGCAGUACUGACAGCUCCGACUUGAAAGGCGACCGAAAGGCUGACCUCUAUGGGAAUCUGAAUAAGCCCAUGGAGCGGAUCGAGCGCAUGCCGAGCAAUAAGCGCGAGAGGCGCAAGCUGUCUCGCAAAUCUUCCAGGGCGCUCGAUUCAGAGGAAAAGCGGCGCCAGAAGGCCAUGGAACAGGUUCGUCCCCCCAGCUUGUGGUAUACCUACUGCGCCAUCGUCACCUUCUGGGCCCCCGACUUCAUCCUCAAAUGUUUCGGCAUGCCCAACAAGGAGCAGCGUCGAGCCUGGCGCGAGAAAAUGGGGCUCAUCGGAAUCAUCUUGCUCAUCUGUACUUUUGUCGGCUUCUUGACUUUCGGUUUCACCCAGACGGUUUGCGGCACGCCUCCGGUUCGUCUGAAGGUCAACCAUGUCGACCGAGGGUACAUGAUCUUCCACGGUCAGGCCUACGAUCUGUCCGAGUCCAAGCAUCCGGCCGCGGUCGGCAUCCCCGCCGGGUCCAACGUUCUCUACGACUUGCCACACAAGUUUGGUGGUCAGGAUGGCAGCUUUCUCUUCCAGAAUGUCAACGGCGCCUGCAAGGGCCUCAUCACCCUCGCCCCCGGUUCGGACGUCCCCACCAACAGUAAGGGUGACCUCGCGUGGUAUUUCCCCUGUCACGCGUUCAACCAAGAUGGCUCGUCGGAGCCGAAUUAUACGAUCCCAUAUUAUCUAGGGUAUGCGUGCCAUCUCUCGGCCGAUGCCCGCAACAGCUUCUACAGUCUGCGCUCCUCAGGCGACGUCUACUUCACGUGGGAUGACUUGAAGAACAAGAGCCGCAACCUCAUGGUGUAUUCCGGAGACGUGCUCGAUCUGGACCUCCUGCGGUGGUUCAACAAGUCGCAGGUGUCGUACCCAGCCCGCUUCGAUGAACUGCGGCUGAACCCCGACGUUCGGGGCACCGACGUGACGUACGCCUUUCAGUCCUCGGCCGACAAGCAGAUGGGCAAGUGUCUCCAGCAGAUCAUCAAAGUGGGCUCCAUCGACACCGAGACGGUGGGCUGCAUCGCUUCGAAAGUGGUCCUGUACGUGUCUCUGAUCUUCAUCCUGUCCAUUGUCAUCGCCAAGUUCGUCAUGGCCGUCCUCUUCCAAUGGUUCCUGUCGCGCAAAUAUGCCCCGUCCCGGACGACCAUGUCCUCGAAUCCCAAGACGCGCGCCCAGCAAAUCGAAGACUGGUCGGACGACAUCUAUCGGCCCGGCCCUCGUCUGACCGAGCCGCCCGUGCCGGACCGGACGAGUAAACGCGCGAGCUUUUUGCCCACGACCUCUCGAUUCUCCAGCCCCUACGCGGUGGGUGGCGGGAAGCUGCGACCGCAACCGACGACGAUGGCCAGCCAGAGUUCCGGAUCGCGUUUGCUCCCCACGGCCUCCACGUCCAUCUAUAAGCUCGGUCAGAACAGUAGUGGAGGCACCGUCAGUGCGGAUGGCAUGUCCCGUCACCAUCCCGCCGACAGCCGAACGAGCUUGAUGCUGUCGGGAACGGAUCAACGUCAGUCGACUCUCGUCGGUUCCAACGAAGGUCCGGCGGGAUUCAUCCACGAAGCGGUUGUUCCCCAGCCUCCGCCAGACUGGCAGCCGUUUGGUUUCCCAUUGGCCCAUACUCUCUGUCUGGUGACCUGUUACUCCGAAGGUGAGGAAGGCAUUCGGACGACUCUGGACUCGAUCGCCAUGACCGAUUACCCCAACAGCCACAAGACCAUCAUCGUCAUCUGCGAUGGUCUGAUCAAGGGCAAGGGGGAGGAAAUGUCGACCCCGGACAUUGUUCUCGGCAUGAUGCGUGAUUUUUCCGUGCCUCCGGAGGAAGUGCAACCCUACUCGUACGUCGCGGUGGCCACUGGAUCGAAGCGACACAAUAUGGCCAAGAUCUAUGCGGGAUUCUACGACUACGGGGAGACGUCGAUUGUGCCACCGGAGAAGCAACAACGCGUGCCCAUGAUGGUCGUCGUCAAAUGCGGCACUCCGGAGGAGGCCACGCAGCCCAAGCCCGGCAACCGCGGCAAGCGUGACAGUCAGAUUAUCCUGAUGUCGUUCCUGCAGAAGGUGAUGUUCGAUGAGCGGAUGACGGAGCUGGAGUAUGAGAUGUUCAACGGGUUGUGGAACAUCACGGGCAUCCCGCCGGAUUUCUACGAAAUGCUUCUCAUGGUGGAUGCCGAUACCAAAGUCUUCCCGGACAGUCUGACGCACAUGGUGUCUGCCAUGGUGAAGGAUCCCGAAAUCAUGGGUCUCUGUGGAGAAACGAAGAUUGCCAACAAGGCGGAUAGCUGGGUUACCAUGAUCCAAGUUUUC